AUGUGCUCUUUCUCUUCAAAACAGACCCUUUAUAGCCCUCUCUUUUUGGCACUUCCUCGUCCGUGGUCAUCUAAGAGACACCACAGGCACCUUCGGUUGGGCCUGCUCAACAGAAGGAGGGCACACUUGAAAGAAGCAAGACAUAGGAAAAGGAUGGUUGUGGUGAAAGCAGAAAUUCAGAUGAAAAACUUGAAAUUGUACAUGGAGAACCAAACAAUCAUAGAGCAGAAUGAGAAGUUGAGGAAGCAAGCCAUGCUUCUGCACAAAGAGAAUCAGGUCCUAUUGUUGCAGCUUCAAAAGAAGCUCUCAGAACAGAACAACAAUACCAAAAACAACUAG